AGGUUUCCACACCUGGACCAUCAACUAGGGCAAAUUGUCACCAAUGGCACACUCACUUUCUGGAGGUCAAGGUCUCGUGGACUGGUUGACUCUCAUUCAGCAGGAACUUAACAGAUAAGUCAUCCUGCUGCAUGUCAAGACAAUUCGUGGGUUUAAAACUGCUCUGAAAAUGAUCCAAAUAGUAUUGCCACGUGACACUGUCAGGGGGCAACACGCAGCUUAAGAAUUUCCUGCUAAUCAAAUAGCAGCUUGACGGAGGCACCUUCCCAUUACGCAGGACUGCAUGGCCGGCAGCCCCCACUGAAAGGUUGAAAAUGAAUGUCCCCGUGGCUCCAAAGAAAUCAUGUUAUGCUCAGUUGCGGGACAACAGAAAUGGGGUGAAAAAUAAUAACGAGAGUAUCCUGAGUCUGGGAGAUACAAAUGCCAAUCAAAUCAUGUUGGAGGUCCGUUCCUCUCAUGGUGAGUCCGAGACGUGCGACCUGACAGGUGAAAUUGGAAAUGCAAAUUCAAGGGAGCCAGAGAACAGUACCCACUUCAAUAAGGAAUUUCACCCACUUCAGGGCUUUGGGAAAGCACUGCUGCCUGGCCCCACCAGCCCGAAAGACUUUAAAUUUCCUUCGACCGUCCAUGGACGACUAAGUGAAGAGCACACGAUGAAGAGAGGCCCAGAUCUCCCCCAGAUCCCUUGGACUAUUCAGGGACCAAGUCUGUCAAGUUGGAGGAAUGUCACGGCUGAGGCCAGUCCAGAGGUUUUGGCUAAAAGGGAUGCAGAAGUUCCCCGGCAGGCUCCCAAGGAGAAGUUGGUCAAGACCUUUGACAGUGAGGAAUUGAGAAGGCAUUCUCUGGAGAGGACUGGCAGCUCUGCUCUUGUCGGGGACCUGUCCCUGAGGGAGAGCCUCACCUGGCAGUGCCCACGGCCCAUGCCACUGGACGGCCCUGAAGCCCUGUGCCGUGAGACCGGCGGCGGGGAACAGCCACAGCAGGUGUCACCGGCCCCCUCUCCAGGGACAGCUUUUCUUCCAGCUGACAGUACCUCAGAGGGGAAGAGGGUGCCUCAUCCUAAAUCAUCUACCUCAGCAACCAUGGAGGCCACCCCCUCGGAGACCCAGGCAGAGGGACCCUGUGCCCCCAGAGUUAGCAGUGAGAGCACAUCACGUUCUGCCCAUCCGGAGCCUAGUCCGGAUGCAGCUGCAGCCCUGAAGGGAACCCCGACUAAGCCAGAAGCACAGUUAGGUCAGGGCCAGGGAGAGCCCGAGCCCGAGCUGAAGGUGGGCCAGCCCAAGGCUGUGCAGCAGUUGAAGGCCACCCCCGUGGGCUGCAUGGGAAGCCUGGAGGAAGUGGGUGCACUCCUUCUGCAAAGCAGGGAGCCUGCUGGGGAAGCACCGCAGGAAACAGCCACUGGUGCCCGCAGCCUGUCGCACAAUGGUCUCCACCAUGCUGGUGCAGGGAGAGGCAGGAGCGUGCAAGACAAGAGAGCUGUCAGCCUAGGUGAGGGAGGUGCUCUCCAGACCGCCCUUGCCCAGGGCCUUGCUUCCCUGGGAGCUGCAGAGAAGCAGCCCACUGGCCAAACUUCACCCAGUGCAGCUCGGAAGCUUGGCGACAUGGCAUCCAUGGGCAUUUUGUCCGGAGAUGGCCAGGUUCCUUUCCCUGCUGACCAUCCGCAUGACAGCAGGCCCCCAGAGGUCAAUGAGGAGACAGCCCUGGACAGAGCCAAUGUGGACGGUGCUGCGGUUUGUACUUCACAUCCAUCUGUUGGAGAGGGUGACGCCGGAGUCCCCAAGCCCCUGGACCCUCGAAGCAGCAGCGCAGAAGUAAUGGACAGCAAAGAGGUCACUGUAUCCGUUGCAGAAAACAGGAACCUUCUAGAAAGCACAGAUAAGACUGAAAGUCCCCCAGUGGGAGCAAGUGCUCCUCUCGGUGUCCCGGUGCCCCUGCAUCCAGAGACAACUGUGAAUGUGACCCACCAGCCUACACCACCUAGUAGUAGCAGUGUUCAGGACUCGGGCGCGUUGGGUGCGGUCGCCAGGCCCCCCUUGGCUGCCGUCCCCCCCACCGAUAGUGCGCGGUUGUUGAACACCCCCCCGAAAGUGCCUGACAAGAGCCCCGAGCUUGUCCUCCCACAUUCCAAAGGCACCCCGUCCUCCCAGGACGGAAUGGAGAAGCAGCAGGUGGAGAAAACGGAAGAAAGGACGGAGCCCAAGCCCAUCGCUCUGCCCAAGCCCAAGCACGUGAGGCCCAAGAUCAUCACCUACAUCAGGAGGAGCCCUCAGGCCCUCGGCCAGGUGGACACCUCGCUGGUCCCCGUGGGGCUUCCUUACGCUGCGCCCCCGUGCACCGUGCCCCUCCCCAAAGAGGAGAAGGCAGCGGGGAGCGACCUGAAGCCCUCUGCCAACCUGUAUGAGAAAUUCAAGCCGGACUUGCAGAAGCCGCGGGUCUUCAGUUCAGGGUUGAUGGUGUCAGGGAUCAAGCCCCCGGGCCACCAUUUCGGUCCGAUGAGUGAAAAGUUUUUGCAGGAGGUUACAGAGCGCCCUGGAAAAGAGGAAUUUUGCACUCCAUCCUACACGCAUUAUGAAGUCCCUCCAACCUUCUAUCGAUCGGCCAUGCUCCUUAAGCCUCAGUUGGGAUUGGGCGCCAUGUCCCGUUUACCAUCUGCAAAGAGCAGGAUCCUGAUCGCGAGCCAGAGGUCCUCAGCGAGUGCCAUCCACCCGCCGGGCCCCAUCGCGGCAGCUGCCGGCCUCUACAGUCCAGAUUCGGCAGCAGAUUUAAAGAAAGCCGCCGGUUCAAAUGCUGCAAAAUCAAAUCUACCAAAAUCUGGACUUCGUCCUCCCGGAUACUCCCGUCUCCCGGCAGCCAAGCUGGCGGCGUUUGGCUUCGUGCGGAGCUCCAGCGUGUCCUCCGUCUCCAGCACCCAGUCCGUGGACAGCGCGCCACCAGAACAGAGCAGACAGGCCAACAGGUCAACCUUUGGGAAUGAAGACCAGCCAGCUCUGAAGGCAGCUCUGCCUUCCAAAGACACACCCAAGGGGGCCAGCCGAGCAGCCCCUCCGACGCCCUCCAGCGUGACAACACCCCGCAGGAGUUUGCUCCCAGCGCCCAAACCCACAUCUAUACCCGCUGGAUCCAAGAAGGAAGUACAAAAAGAUCAAGAUGCUGCUAAUAAGCCUGCUGUUUCAUCUCCUAAGAGAACAGUGGUUUCAGCUCCCAAGCUUCAUUCACCAGGAUACCCCAAGCAGAGGACGGCGGCUCCCCGAAAUGGGUUUUCCCCGAAGCCGGACCUGCAGGUGCGCGAAGCCGAGCGGCAGCUGGUGCAGCGGCUGAAGGACAGGUGCCAGCAGCAGGCCAGGCAUCUGGGGCUCGUCCAAGCGGAGCUGCGCAGGGCCGUGUGCGGCUUCCAGGCCCUCGCCGUGUCCACCCAGUAUUUCUCCAGGAAGAAUGAAAGUGCCCUUGUGAAAGAAAAAGAGCUGUCAAUCGAACUUGCAAACAUCAGGGAUGAACUUGCCUUCAAUGCAGCCAAGUGUGAGAAACUACAGAAGGAGAAGGAGGAGCUGGAGCGGAGGUUCGAGGAGCAGGUGCGCGAGCUGGGCGGGCAGCAGCAGGUGCAGCUCCGGGCCCUGGAGGAGAGGCUGCAGGCACAGUUCCAGGCCGAGGCGGUGCGCCUGCAGGAGGGCCACCACGCCCAGCUGCUGCGGAUCCGGUGUCAGCACCAGGAGCAGGUAGAAGAUAUCACAGCCAGCCAUGAGGCCGCGGUCCUGGAGAUGGAGAGUAACCACACGGUAGCCAUCGCGAUCCUGCAGGAUGACCACCACCACAAGGUCCAAGAAUUGAUAUCCACCCAUGAGCUUGAAAAGAAAGAAUUGGAAGAAAAUUUUGAAAAGCUGCGGCUGUCAUUACAGGACCAGGUAGACACCUUGACCUUCCAGAGCCAGUCUCUGAGGGACCGAGCCAGACGCUUCGAGGAGGCCCUGAGGAAGAACACCGAGGAGCAGCUGGAGAUUGCACUGGCUCCCUAUCAGCACUUGGAAGAAGACAUGAAGAGUUUGAAGCAGGUAUUGGAGAUGAAGAACCAGCAAAUACACCAGCAGGAAAAGAAGAUUAUUGAGCUAGAAAAACUGGCGGAGAAGAACAUAAUCCUAGAAGAAAAGAUCCAGGUUCUCCAGCAGCAGAAUGAAGACCUCAAAGCAAGGAUCGACCAGAACACCGUUGUCACAAGGCAACUGUCAGAGGAAAACGCUAAUCUCCAGGAAUACGUCGAGAAAGAAACCCAGGAGAAGAAGAGAUUGAGCCGAACCAAUGAAGAGCUGCUUUGGAAGCUCCAAACCGGGGACCCAACCAGCCCGGUGAAACUCUCCCCCACAUCCCCUGUGUACCGUGGCUCCUCCUCGGGGCCCUCCUCUCCCGCCAGAGUCAGCACUACGCCCAGAUGACGCCUCCACCGCCAGCCGCCCGCAGGAGCUGUGACUCCUGCCCACCCAGGCUUUCUACCUGGAGGGAGUGUUGACCAGGGGCCCUGCCCUGCGCGCAUGCUCAGUAGCUGCCUAGCUGCAUCCUAAGCAAAGUCCUCUGCUGAUCCUCGUGUAAGACUGUGCUGGUGUUGGCACUUAGGAAAGUGUAACUGGUAGUGUCUGAUGUGCAAACGUUUGACCCUAGUUAGAGCCCAGAGAAAGAAAGAAAAACUCCAGUUGUUCUUGAGCAAUGAACUUUCACUGCAGAAUUUCAGGUUAGGUACAAAUAGCUCAGUUUUGAGUCUACACUGAAUCAUCAUUGUGUACUGCGCCGAUACGUGUGUAUAUUUAGAUACACGUAUAUACACACGCAGCAAUCCCGAAUUGCGUUUUUUUAUACCACGGAGUGCUGACAUAUUUUGGUGAAGGUCAGCAGUUUUCUAACUUGUGCCUAAGAAUUAUUGGGAAAUGAAAAUGCAUUUCUAUCUAGCUUCCCAGGAAUAUUUCUACCCAAAAUAGAAAAAGGAAAAAAAAAAAAAGAUACAGAGAAGAAGCGCCU